AUGACGAAAUUAUUGACAACACUGAGAUACACACCUAAAGGUAGUAUAAAAGAUAGUAUAUACUUAUACGAUAUGCAUGUACAACGUUUAAUUGAUGGUAUUGACGCCUUAAGCUCAUCCAACUCCGUUGAUUUCAAGGAAGAAGCUCUAAUAAAUGAGGUAACUAGGGCUAUCAAUGCUACAGAAGGGACAGAAACACCACAUAGAGUAUCUGUACAACUAGAUUUAGUUGAUUUGUCUAUAAAUGCUGCAGCAACACGACUUACAAAUAUGCCUGAUUAUGCUGUCAACGUUGUGAUAGAUAGUGAACCUACAGAAACUAACUCACAGUUGUUGCGUUAUAAAACUACUGAUAGAGAUAUAUACAACGAUUCUAAGUCUAGAAAUAACAUAACUUACUCGACAACCCACGAUGGAUUAUUUGAUGUGUUGAUGCACAAUAAUCAAGGAUUUAUGACAGAAACUACAAUCGCGAACAUCUUCUAUAAGUUUCAGAAUGAUGAUAAUUGGUAUACAACUCCAGCAAGCGAUGGCCUACUACCAGGAUUGAUGAGACAGAGUCUCCUAGAUAGCGGAUAUUGUAAAGAGCGCUCACUCAGGUUGUCGGAGUUAAAACAAGCAUUGAAGGAUGAAAAUGUAAUUUUAAAAGCAUCAAACGCAUUAAGAGGAUUAUUUGACAUUAUGAUCGUCUAG